AUGCUUCCCAAGCAGCAGAUCCGAUGCUACGCAUCCCACGCCGUGGCUGCCGCCAAAAGACGGCUCAAUGUCCCCAUCGACUUUGCAAAGACGCCGCUUCUUCACCACAAGAGGGAAACACUGUCAAACACACCAGGGCUUCCACACAACUGCGAGACGAGCCGAUUGAACCUCUUUCAAGCUGUCAAUUCCGGCUUGCGGACGGCUCUCAAUGAGUCGAAUCGAGUCUUGUGCUUUGGUGAAGAUGUCGCCUUCGGCGGCGUCUUCAGGUGCACUUCGGGUCUGCAAGAGGAGUUCGGGCCUCAGAGAGUCUUCAAUACGCCGAUUACGGAGCAGGGCAUUGUCGGCGCUGCAAUCGGUGCCGCUGCUGAAGGAAUGAAGCCCGUCGUCGAAAUCCAGUUCGCGGACUACGUCUUCCCAGCCUUCGACCAGAUCGUGAACGAGGCAGCCAAGUUCCGAUACCGAGAAGGAACAACAGGUGCCAACGUCGGGGGGCUUGUGAUUCGUAUGCCCUGCGGAGGUGUAGGCCAUGGAGCUCUAUAUCAUACGCAGUCUCCUGAGUCGCUGUUUUGCCACGUACCCGGAUUCCGAGUUGUAGUCCCUCGCUCGCCCUCGCAGGCAAAGGGCCUCUUGCUUUCUGCAAUCCUCGAGUCCAAGGAUCCGGUCAUCUUCAUGGAGCCCAAGAUAUUGUACCGUGCAGCAGUUGAAGAGGUCCCAGAAGAUUUGUAUACUCUUCCUCUGAGCAAAGCAGAGGUGGUAAAGCCUGGAAAGGAUCUCACCAUCAUCUCGUACGGCCGACCGCUGUAUACCUGUGCUGCAGCAAUUGAGGCGGCCGAGAAGGAACGUCCCGGACUGAAUGUCGAAUUGAUCGACCUCCGAACUAUCUAUCCCUGGGACCGUCCGACUAUCCUGGAAAGCGUUGCCAGGACUGGACGGGCGAUCGUCGUGCACGAGAGCAUGGUCAACUACGGAGUUGGGGCGGAGAUUUCAGCGACAAUCCAGGAGCAUAACUUCCUCAAGCUCCAUGCACCUGUCAAGAGAAUUGCGGGUUGGACGACCCACACAGGCUUAGCAUGGGAGAAAUACAUCUUCCCUGAUGUUGCGCAGUUCGUUACAGGAGUCUAUGAUGCAAUUAUGGAGAGCAUCGAGUACUAG